GUUCUUGCAUGAUUGUCGAAAGUAUUACAGAUUUGGAUAACUUACUUAAUCACCUACAAUUCUCUAGAACAUGUGAAAGUGGAUAAAUGAACGCCAGAUGGUGUAAAUGAUCUUUUUCCGCAAUCAUGUCUUCUUGUUCAUUUUACACUAAAAAUAAUCACAGCGGCGCCAUUUUGAGGCGGAUUUCCAAGAUUCUUGGCAUUUCGGAAAACUGACUUUACAACCUACAAUUUUCUAGAACACAUAAUUUGUGUUAAACCACGUCUUCACAUGUUUUAAUGAUGUUUUAGCAGAAAUCUAUGAAGUUUGGGGAACGUUUUCUUAUCCAUUUUGCACAAAAAAACACUCGUAAAAGUGCUUUUCUUGUCGGAUUUUCAACAGUAAACAGUGUUUUGGAAAGCUUAAUAGAUUGCCUACAAUUGUCUAAAAAAAAUAAGAAAAAAAGAAUAAAAUGAUAAAAAUGGGAGUUUUUCCCUGGAUUCUUAUCAGUGUUCGGCUGCAAAGUUUCGUCGACAGUUGCGCAGUGUGCAAAGUUUCCCGAAGAUUUCUCGUCGAAAGGCAAGAUUUCGCGAAAGUUUGAAGCCUCGCAACGUGCAGACGUAGUGACAGCUGGACGAUGAAUGGCGCUUUGAGUGGGUGAUAUUUUGAUGUGAGAAAAAGCCUCUUUGCCGUGCAUCAGGACCACAAUUGUGAAUGCGAAGCGAUGGAGUGGAAGGUGCUGCUGGUGUCGCUGCUCCUCCGUCUGUUGGCGUGCGUGCACGCGUUCUACGUGCCGGGAGUGGCUCCGGUGGAGUUCGUGCGCGGCCAGCGGAUCGACGUGAAGGCGGUGAAGAUGACCAGCACGCACACGCAGCUGCCCUACGAGUACUACUCGCUGCAGUUCUGCCUGCCCAAGAACGGCACGCUCGAGUACAAGACGGAGAAUCUGGGCGAGGUGCUGCGCGGCGAUCGCAUCGUCAACACGCCGUACGAGGUGCGGAUGGCCGAGAACGUGCCGUGCAGGCUGCUGUGCAAUGACAGGGACCGGCCGCUGAACUGGGACCGGCAGCAGUCCGUCAAGGUGGCGGAGCGCAUCAGGCACGAGUACUUCGUGCAUCUGCUCGUGGACAACCUGCCCGUGGCCACGAGGAUCAUCAACCCGGACUCCAUGGAGGUGCAGUUCGAGCACGGCUACCGGCUGGGCCAGAUGGAGGCGGAUCACGCCUUCAUCAACAACCACCUGAAGCUCAUCCUGUCCUACCACAUGCACACCAAGGACAAGUUCCGCGUGGUGGGCUUCGAGGUGGAGACGCUGUCUGUGAACGCCAAAGAUCUCAAAUUCGACGGCGGCGCGUGCGCGCUGCCGGACAACCCGAAGCCGCAGGAGGUCAGCCUGUCCAGCAACACGCAGCUGUACUUCACGUACUCCGUGGAGUGGAAGGAGAGCGCCGUGAGCUGGGCGUCGCGCUGGGACAUCUACCUGGGCAUGAACGACGUGCAGAUCCACUGGUUCAGCAUCAUCAACUCGCUGGUCGUGGUGUUCUUCCUCUCCGGCAUCCUCACCAUGAUCAUGGUGCGGACGCUGCGGCGCGACAUCGCGCGCUACAACACCGACGACAGCUUCGAGGAUGCGCUGGAGGAGACGGGCUGGAAGCUCGUGCACGGCGACGUGUUCCGGCCGCCGCGCCAUCCGCGCCUGUUCGCCGCCGUGAUCGGCAGCGGCAUCCAGAUCUUCUUCAUGGCGCUCAUCACCAUCUUCUUCGCCAUGCUCGGCAUGCUGUCGCCGGCGUCGCGCGGCGCCCUCAUGACGUCCGGCAUCUUCCUGUACGUCUUCAUGGGCCUGAUCGCCGGCUACUUCUCCGCGCGCCUCUACAAGACCAUGAAGGGCAGGGAGUGGAAGCGCGCCGCCUUCCUCACCGCCACGCUGUAUCCGGGCAUUGUGUUUGGGACGGGCUUCUUCCUCAACUUCUUCAUCUGGGACAUCCACUCGAGCGGCGCCGUGCCGUUCAGCACGAUGCUGUCGCUGCUGUGCCUGUGGUUCGGCAUCUCCGUGCCGCUGGUGUACCUGGGCUACUACUUCGGCUACCGCAAGCAGGCGUACCAGCACCCGGUGCGCACCAACAUGAUCCCGCGCCAGGUGCCAGCGCAGCAGUGGUACAUGAAUGUGGCGCUGUGCACGCUGAUGGCGGGCAUCCUGCCGUUCGGCGCCGUGUUCAUCGAGCUGUUCUUCGUGUUCUCGGCCAUCUGGCAGAACCAGUUCUACUACCUGUUCGGCUUCCUCUUCCUCGUGUUCUGCAUCCUGGUGGUGAGCUGCGGCCAGAUCUCCAUCGUCAUGACGUACUUCCAGCUGUGCGGCGAGGACUAUCGCUGGUGGUGGCGGACGUUCAUCGUGUCCGGCGGCUCGGCGGCGUACAUCUUCUUCUACAGCAUCUUCUACUUCUUCACGAAGCUGGAGAUCACGGAGUUCAUUCCCACGCUGCUCUAUCUCGGCUACACUGGACUGAUGGUGAUGACCUUCUGGCUGCUCACCGGCACCAUCGGCUUCUUCGCCGCCUACAGCUUCAUCCGCAAGAUCUACGGCGCCGUGAAGAUCGACUAGAGCCGCGCUCAGCUCCUCGCACUCGCAUCCAGUCGCGCGCGUCUCCCGUCGACCCAAGACUUGUCCCUGUUUUCUUUUUUUGUAUUUAAUUUAAUUGAUGA